CGAAAUUUCUAUAACUCAGAAGCUCAAAUGGUAAGAAGCAACUUUCCACCAUCAUUCCUCUCUCAGACAUACAAAAGCAGUAUCUCAAAGCAAAGAUCAAAGGCAGAGAACAAAUUACUGGCAGCUAAGAAACAUAGCGAAGCAGAAAGGAGACGCAGAAUGCGAAUCAAUGGUCAAUAUGAUACCCUUCGCACCAUCCUCCCCAACUUGAUCAAAGUUAGUAUCAUCAUUAUUGAUAAAAAAAAGAAGGACAAGGCAUCAAUACUAGUGGAGACUAUCAAGCAAGUGACUGAGUUGAAGAAAAAAGCAUCAAAACUAGAAGAUAGCAAUGGUACUUCAAAGGAGGUCAAGUUUCCAAGUGGGGCAGACAGAUUGAAUUUGGAAAAGUGUAAUGAUGAGGAGGGUUUAGUGAAAGCUACAUUGAGUUGUGAGGAUAGGCCAGGGUUGAUGUCAUCUAUAGCAAGAGCACUAGGGUCAAUGAAAGCCAAAGUUGUAAAGGUUGAGAUGGUGACAGUUGGUGGAAGAACCAAAAGUGUUUUGUGGGUUCAAGGGGUUGAAAAUGAAGGUUUGAGAAUGCUUAAAAGUACUUUGAAAGUUGUCAUGCAUAAGCCAAGCUUUAAGAUGAGGUUUACUCAAUAAGUGAUUAUUGUAGGAUUCCCUUAAUUCUGACUUCUUAGGAAAACCAUAACGUGGAAAGCUAAUUACAUGUUUUUUUUUCUAGGUUUGAGGAAUACAUAAUAAUGACUUUAGUUGGGGGCUUUGUAGAAUGAGCCUCUAGUUUAAGACUUGUUUACUUUAUGCAAGAAUCAUUUAGCUUUUACUUUGCAUAUGAAUGUCAUAUUCAACUUUUCAUAUGAAGUGUGAAAUCU